AUGAUUCAGAAACUGCUUUCUGUAAAAAGGUAUGAAGAAGCAGAAAACAUGCUCAAUGAGAUGACGGCAAAGGAUUUCCGAUGCAAAGAGCCGAGAGUGUUGAAUAGCUUAAUCAGGAGCUUUAGCGAGGCAUCAAUGAUGGAAGCAGCUUUCAAGGUUUAUGAUCGGAUGCAUGAUUUUUGUGAGCCCAAUGUUGAUACGUUUAAUGCUCUUCUGAAUGCACUGGUGCAAAACAAUAGUUUUGAAACAGCUAUUUCGUUCUUUAAUAAAUUGGUCUGUGCCAAACUUCCUGUCUCUGUUACAACUUUCAAUAUUGCCAUUAAUGCACUUUGCAAGGCUCAUAGGGUAGAGGAUGUUGUUGAGCUCUUGAGGCAAAUGCCUGAACAGCGUUACCUGCCCGAUACAUAUACUUACAAUACGCCAAUAAGAGGAUUUUGUGACAAAGGAAAUACCGAAGAAGCAGUUGAGUUACUCGUCGAGAUGACAAGUAAGAAAAUUAAUCCCACUGUUAGAACUUUGAAUACUUUUGUUCAUGUCUUUUGCAAGGCAGGAGAUCAAAAGAGAGCUUUGGAAAUAUGCAAUGAGUUUUUGACCACGGGUUCAUUUGCCAACGUUGUUACCUACACUUUGUUGAUAUGGGGCAUGGCCAAAGAGGGAUAUAUUGACCAAGCCGUAGAAAUUCUACGCCAGAUGCCAGACAGGGGAUGCUCUACAAAUGUGUUCUCGUAUUGCUCUCUCAUGGCCGGUUCCUGCAAAUAUGGAAGGUUUUCUGAUGUUCAAAAUAUUUUCGAUGAAAUGAUGCAAACAUUCAGUUUCCCGGGGGUGGUCCCCUUCAAUAUAUUGAUGAAUAGCCUUUGUAAGGAAGGGAAGUUGGAAGAAGCAUCUAGGGUUUUGGAUAGAAUGGAUGACAAGGGAGUUCAUCCUAAUGCUAUUACUUAUACAACAUUAAUUAGUGGAUACUGCAAAUUGGGUAAUAUAGAUAAAGCUAUGGAAUAUGUAAGCCGAAUGAAGGCAGAGGGUUGUACCCCCAACAUCACAACUUACACUACCUUGAUAGAUGCUAACUUUAAAAAGUGUGACUGGGGGGAGGUCGAGAAGAUUUUAAGCGAGAUGCUUAGGAGUGACUGCACACCUGAUCUUGUAACAUACAACGUCUUCAUAUAUGGUAUGUGUAAAGAAGGGAAACUGCAGAAAACCGCCAAGGUGGUUGAUGAGAUGUUGGACAAUGGUUUCCCUCCUGACGUUUUUACGUACAGCACUGUGAUUCAUGCUUUGUGCAAGGGAGGCAAUAUGGACGAGUUAUCGUUACCUGGGAGCUGA